AUGUCGGGUGAAAAAGUCGAAGUCGACCACAAGGAGGAUGUCGCCCAGUCGGGGGCCCUCACGCCGGCGCAGUUGCAGGCUAUGUUUCCCACACUGCGGGAUCUAUCAGAGGAUGAGAUGCAGGCUCUCAAUCGGAGGGUGGUCAAGAUCAUUGACUGGAGAAUGAUGCCUUGCAUAACUUUGAUGUUUCUUAUGAACUACCUCGAUCGCAUUAAUGUCUCAAAUGCCCGUUUGGCUGGGCUCCAGAAAGACCUAAACAUGACCGACACUGUUUGGAAUACAGGAAUAUCUACCUUCUACAUUGGAUACCUCAUUGGUCAGUUGCCCGGCAAUCUGUGGUUGGCAAAGGCCAAUCCUCGCUGGCUGCUGCCGUCCAUCAUGUUGGCAUGGAGUGUUGGUACCAUCUGCAUGCCAGCCAUGACUUCGGGAGCUGGUUUCGCCGUGUGUCGGUUCUUCAUCGGCCUUGCGGAGGCACCCUUUUUUCCGGGUAUCGCCUUGAUGACGUCCUCUUGGUAUACAAAAGAGGAGAACCCAAUGCGAAUGGCCAUCUGGCAUGCAGGGAAUACGAUAUCCAACAUCAUCUCCGGAUUCCUUGCUGCCGGUAUCCUGACAAACAUGGAUAAUGUCCGCGGCCUCCACGCAUGGCAAUGGUUCUUCAUUAUCGAGGGGGCUGUUUCGAUUGCCGUGGCUUUCUCUGGCUACUUCCUUCUCCCCGACUGGCCCCACAAUACUCGUUUCCUGUCCGAGUCUGAGAAAGAAAUGGCACAGUAUCGGGUUCUGUUGUCCAACGGCGGCAUCGAGGAAGCCAACGGCGGAACAUGGGAUGGACUGAAAGCAGCGGCUAGAGACCCAUUUACGUGGCUCUUCUGCCUCAUGCACUUUGCCCUCGUCACUGCCCAGAGCUUCAAGGACUUCCUGCCUUCUAUAAUGAAAACAUUCGACUUUGACGAGAUGACAACCUACCUCGUGCAGGCCCCUCCGUACGCCAUCGCUUACCUAUCAGCCUGCGCCAUCGCCUACUCUUCCGGAAAAUUCCAAGAAUCGUUCUACCACAUCGUCAUCCCGAUCAUCAUUGCCGCCGCAGGAUGCAGCAUCUUGAUUUCUACUCUCAACGUCGGGGCGCGGUACUUUGGCGUCAUCCUCCUAUGCUCAGGGACGUACUCGGGACUUAAUUUGCAGCUCUCCUGGGAAACGACUCUUGUGCCAGCCCCGCGCAGCAAGAAAGCGGCGCUGAUUGCGAUCGCCAACUGCAUCAGUCAGUCGAGUCACUGGUUCAGUCCGUAUUUCUUUCCUACGUCCCAGGAGCCGUUUUAUCGGCUUGGUGGGGGACUGAUCUUGGUUGGAUCUCUCAUCACUGUUGUAGCGGCUAGUCUUGUGAAAUGGCGGGCGAUGCUGCUGAACAAGAGGCUUGAUGCGGCGGAGGGGUAUGUUGAAGGCGAGGGAGAACGGGGCUGGAGAUAUGUAUAUUGA